AUGGUCGAAAACUGGAGGUGGAAGUGGGAGCAUCGAGACGACGAUGAUGAUACCAUCACAAAGCAAAGGCAAAAUGCCAUUCUCCGCGCCCUUCGCCUACGCCAAAACCUACGUCGCGGGGAUUGGGUUCCACCUCUCCCGCGCAGUCACCUCGGGCCCGAUGCGUCCGCUGCCGAAGCCGACUCUUUCCUCAUAUCCAGGCCCUGGUUCAUCUUUCGUCUUGAGCUUCAGGAAGAAUACACGAAAUUGCACCGUAUCCCCAAGCCAGAUCCCAGAUACUGGGAAACGAUCAAAUGGGAGCAUAAGCAGCGCUGGGAACAGUACGAAAAGUACCGUUGUGUUGUGGGCGAGGCGCCCUGCCAUUGGAAGUGGCGGCACGAGUCUCGUUCCCCAGAGCCCGAGCACCUGCUACCCAUCGUGCCGAUGGGCUUGCCGCCGCCGAGCCCGGCUAUCUCGUACACCUCUUCCGAAAACGACGAGUUAGAUACUAUCGAUCUCUCCACAACCGAGCAACCCGACGGGUAUUGGACCCAAAAGGGUUCCAUGGGUAUGGUUGGGCAGUGCCAGAACCCUGCGGAGUUUUCAGGGGCACCCUCUCCCACCCCACCCCCCCGGUCCCCCCGCACACGACUUGAGCAGCUUGGGCCAAUGCCGCCCUGCGAUGACGGGUUCGGUUCCCUUGCGGAUUGGUGGAAGGAGAAGCAAGAAAUAGACGAUGCCCUCCGAGCACCGCAGGCAGGCCGGGCGGAGCGAGUCGAGCAAAAGCCUAUGCUGGAGGAUCCGGAAGCCAUGCCACACCAAAAAGAUCUCAUCGAGGGCCUACAACGCACCGACCAAAGAGACAAGAAUGGCGCCGGCGAUUGU